AUGUAUUUUCAAGAAAUCUAUCAUCGAUACCGUCAUAAUGAGCCAAAGCCAAUCGUCGCAUGUCGGGGAAUUACCGCUUUUUUAAUCAUAAGUCUUCUCGUGACAUUCUUGGCUUUCUUAAUUGUCGAUAUACGCGAUGAUGAGCCAGUAUUGCAAAAGACCAUGUUUGAAGCAGAAUCGCUUCCGAUACCAGCGUUAACGGCAGCAAGUCAAGACAAUCUCUCUGCAUAUAUCAAACAACCUAUUAUGUUUGAUAAAUACUGGAUUGCCUUUCUAAGUUUUGACAAUAUAAAAAGGUUUAAUCCUGAAAAUAAUUUGGUCAUACUUAUAACUAUAAAGAUAGAUAGCACUUACAAUACUACUACACUAAGCGCUAUUACCUUUGAAGCCUACGAUCCAGAAUUCGGCCCCUACAGACAUAAAAUCGAUAAUUAUGCGAAAUUUAGAGAAGACUAUGGCCGAAGAUUUACAUACUCCUUGACGGCAUUAAACCGUUAUUAUAUAUAUACUAUUAAAGAAAUUAUACCCCGAAAGCAAAGUAAUGCUUUUGGAAUUCCAGCAAGUUACAGCAAAGAAACAUAUCUCACCUCAACUUUCGAACCUGAUUAUUCCCAGGCUGAACUAUUUGACGCUAAAGAAUAUGCAGUUAUUGAUAUAAGGCCUCGAAGUUAUAUGGUAGAAAGAUUUAGAGAGCAAAGAUCAAAAACAUUCCUCGUUGGACUUGGUUUAUUCGGUGGCGUAUGGGUGAUUGCUACAGGAGUAUAUGCUUGUUUAUUUGGAACGAAUGCAUUACAACCUUGGGGAUUGAUUCAUAGAUAUUGUUUCCCAAAUUAUAACAACAACCACAUCCGCACCAGAUUUCCAACAAUUCCGUUGCUUUCAUCUGCUACAAACAGAAAUUUUCCAACCACAAAUAACCCCGAAUCCGAUGAUGCUAUUAGGUCGCGUCUCGAACAAAGAAUUAAUGUACUCGAACUCUUUUUAAAAGAUUAUGUUGUAAACGCUGGAUACCUUGAAAACUUUGUGAGAAAUGCGAAUAACGCAAAUCAACCGUUAAGCGGCGGGACAUCUAUGCUGCAACAAAAUCCUUUGCCACCAUAUUCUCAGCAACCAGACGCUAGUUCUAACUUGGUACAAACUAGAAGUACAGGUGCGGCACUUUCCACCAAUCCGCAAUCGGUCUAUGUAAACCAGUUACCAGCAUCUCCUGGUCAAGAAAUGUACCUGCCUCAAGGGACACACAAUCUGCAAGGAAACCAGAUCGUUAAUUUGCAAUCUACUGGCCUUUCGAGUAUGCAACUUUACAACCUUCAACAAGAGCCCUGA